UUAUAUAGAAAUAAAUUAUGUACUGCGGCAGACUUCUUAACAAUAAUUUGUAUUUGUUUUUUGUUUAAUAUCUUAUUUGAUUAUGAUAAUGAAUCUGGAUGUGUUUCUGCAAAGUUACUUGAAAAUCAUCGAAACACUCCUUGUCAGAGGUGUUUCUAGAGCUUAUGGGGCCCCAAGCAAAAGUGCAUGUAAUGAAAACAUGUAAUUGUAUUAAAAAAUUUGUGUACUUGCUACCUUUGAAUCGCAAUUCUGAAUCUGUUUAAUUUUUUAAUCGUUAUCACUUUUCUCGCAAUAAUGACAACAUUAUUAACAGAGUAUACUCAGAACGUAAUCUUAUAAGAUAAACUUAAAAUAUCGAAUGUGUUUAUAAAAAUUAGAGGUAUCAAUAAACCUACAAGUUACAGAGAUGUUGUAAGCUUCAUUUUUUCGUACGUUAUCACGUUCACCAGAAAAACAUGUAACGAUUACGAACUUAAUUUAUCGAAGAUCCGUAUACGUUGAAAAUUAUUGGCAGUCAUGGACGUAUCAAGAGAAGGAUAGGAGUGGGAGAGACAUAACCGAUUAUACUUUCAGUAGAUUAUACAGCAACUCUGUAGUCUUACAACACCGCCAGAAGACGGACGUAGAAAUUAUAACUCUAUAAUUAAAAAAUUGCUGAAUUCUUAUUAUUGAAACACAAUGUCUCUUGAUGAAAAAUUUAAUAAAGCUGCAGAAGAAGUGAAGGAACUGAGUUCUCAACCUUCGGAUGCAGAUUUACUUGAACUUUAUUCGUUGUUUAAACAAGCAUCCGUUGGAGACUGUAAUACAUCAAGGCCAGGCAUGCUAGACUUCAAAGGCAAAGCCAAGUGGGAUGCUUGGGAUCGUAUAAAGGGCAUGGAUCAAAAUACUGCUAAAGAAAAGUACAUUCAGAAGGUGGAACAGUUGGUAUCUACUAUUGGAAAGAAGUAACUUCUUGAAGAAUAUUAAACACCGUGUAAAACUUAUAAAGUUCUGUAACUUCUAUACUCUUACCAAUGCAGGUGUAUUUUUUAUUGAUUUUUUAUGGCAGGGUGCAAUAGUUAGAAAACGUUUUGAAUACUUUAUAUAGAGUUAUUUAAGUUAAAUGUAUUUCCAAUAAUUUGAUAAUUUAAGAAAAAUAUUUUUGAAAGGGACCACGGAUGUAGUCUCAUUUUGACAAUACGGUUAUAAAACUUUUUUCAAUGGCCAUAGGAAUUGAUGACUCAAAUCGAUAAAUUAAUUCGAGAUUUUGUUAUCGUGGUAGCUGAAUUUAUUUUGCUAUCACUGAUUCGUUAUUUACAUCGCCGAUACCGAGCCAGCGUUUUACACACCAACAUGUGACUGUUACGUACAUAAUCUUCAGAUUACAUCAAUGUAUUCUUUAAUACUUCCUCGAGGCGCAUAAUAUUAAAAGUAUUCAGAAAAGAGGAACAAUUUUUUUAAGAAAAGUUUUACACUUUUGUGUAACUUGUUUAUAUAAUCACAAACAUUCAGAUGAACAGACGGAUUGUAACUUCAUCAAGCUUUCUGAAUAAAACGGAUGAAAUAAAUAAACUUUGAUACAACUAAAA